GGUAUUACGUGUGUACGUGUAAACACAAUGUCUGCAAAGGAUAAUGAAGGAUGUCAGGCCUUUUCUCAAGCUACUGACUCAGUUCCAUCACGAGAGCACAUAGAGCAAGCGGCGGCCAUAGCUGCUAAUGUCAUUGAUGGGCAGAAAUCCAUUGGACAGAGCAUGCAAGAUCCGUACACAGCCUCUGUACACUACCUGGAGAAGCAUCGGAUUGUGGAAAUAUUUCAGAACCUAACCUCCCGAAUAGCGUAUGAGAGACCUGAAGACCCACUGGAGUUCAUGCUCACUGAAAUAGACAAAGUAAAGAAUGGAGAGAAACUACCAGAACUAAAAACAAAAUAACAUAAUUCUUUAAUUAUAGCGCACGUAUGUUUUUAUAACAUGUCAUCCAAUACA